AUUAAUGAGAGACACCUGGUUCGACCUUUUUAGACGAACGCGCAAAGAAAAAUAAACAGUUUUGGUUCUUUCCAUAUACCAAAACUUAUAUUAAUACCAAAACGAAGAAGAAGAAGAGCCAAAACGACGUCGUAGAAGGAGAUUCUUGCCAUGGCUUCACAUAGUAGUCUCUCCUUCUUCUUCAGAGUUCUUCUUCUCCUCUUCUUUCUUACUACUCUCUCAGAGAGAGUUAAAGGACAAGGAGGUGUGGGAAUAAACUACGGCCAAAUAGCAAACAACCUCCCAUCUCCGGCGAGAGUAGCCGUACUUCUCCGAUCACUAAACAUAACAAGAGUAAAACUCUACGACGCAGAUCCAAACGUUCUCUUCUCUUUCUCAAACUCACAAGUAGACUUCAUGAUCGGUUUAGGCAACGAGUAUCUUCAAAACAUGUCGACAGAUCCGACCAAAGCUCAAGCAUGGCUACAACAAAGACUCCAACCACAUAUCUCAAAGACAAGAAUCACCUCAAUCGUUGUCGGAAACGAAAUCUUCAAAACCAACGACCAUGUCCUCAUUGCAAGCUUACUACCGGCUAUGAAAUCGGUUUACGCUGCUUUAACCAAUCUCGGUUUAGAGAAACAAGUAGCAGUGACUUCAGCUCAUUCACUAGACAUUCUUCAAACAUCUUACCCUCCUUCUUCAGGAACAUUCAAAGAAGAGUUCAUACAAUAUCUUCAACCAAUUCUUGAUUUCCAUUCUCAGAUUAAGUCACCUUUCUUGAUUAACGCUUACCCUUUCUUUGCUUAUAAAGAUAGUCCUAAAGAGGUUCCAUUAGAGUAUGUUCUGUUUCAACCUAAUCAAGGUAUGGUUGAUCCAAACACUAGUCUUCAUUAUGAUAACAUGUUGUUUGCUCAAGUUGAUGCGCUUUACUCGGCCAUUAAGACUUUGGGGCAUACCGAUAUCGAGGUGAGGAUAUCGGAAACCGGUUGGCCUUCGAAAGGCGACGAGAGCGAGGUCGGGGCUUCGCCGGAGAACGCGGCUUUGUAUAAUGGAAACUUGUUGAAGUUGAUACAGCAGAGGAAAGGAACACCGGCGAAGCAAUCUGUUCCUAUUGAUGUUUAUGUUUUUGCUCUGUUCAAUGAGAAUCUUAAACCGGGUCCGGUUUCUGAGAGGAAUUAUGGACUUUUUUACCCGGAUGGUAAACCGGUUUAUAAUGUCGGUAUGCAGGGUUAUUUACCUGAUAUUAUCUACUCUUCAAAGGCAACUUCAACCAAGAUAUUGAAUAUGUGGAGAGCCGUGAUGGGUUUGGCUGUGGCAUGGUUGAUGAUACUCUCGAUAUGGGCGACAAGAUGAGGAUGAGAUAAGCUUUGCUUCUAUGUCUUUGUCUCUGUCCUUAUAGGUUUUUUUUUUUUUGGGUUCUUAAUGUCGUAAUUGAUUAUUAUUAUAGGUGAGGUAUACCAUUCUUUGUCAUGUAUUGGAUUCACAAUAAGCAAAUUAAUUGAUUCCUUAACUGGAAAAAUUGUUAUAUAUGUUAAAAUAGUUGUGAAUAUGUAAACAAUUAAAUAUAAAUAUAUAUAUUCAUCUA